CGGAAGCGCUCCAGAUAGAGGAGGCUGCAGCGAAUACCGUCCUGUCAAACAUUCCUUCCGUCUGACAAGUGAGCUGACCUCUCUCAUCAAAACCCCUGUCACCAUGCCAUCGGUAGAUACAUCCCCAAACCGACCCUACCACCUGGUCAUUUUCGGCGCCUCUGGAUUCACGGGGCAGUUUGUGGUAGAAGAAGUGGCUCGAACUGCUUCUGAAGGUCCGAAUGGGAGUUUGAAGUGGGCCGUGGCUGGAAGAAGCAAGCAAAAACUGGAGAAAAUAUUAGAGCAAGCCGCUGGAGUGUUGAGUAAGCCUGAGCUCAGAGCAGAGGUGGACAUCAUUGUUGCUGAUGUUGGAGAGCCAGACUCCUUGGCAGCCAUGUGCAAACAAGCUGUGAUUGUACUGAACUGUGUUGGACCUUAUAGAUUUUACGGUGAGCCAGUGGUUAAGGCCUGUGUGGAGAAUGGAGCACACCAUAUUGACAUAUCUGGAGAGCCUCAGUUUUUGGAGUCAAUGCAACUCAAUUAUGACAGUCCAGCAGCAGAAAAAGAUGUUUACAUAAUAGGAAGCUGUGGAUUUGAUUCAGUACCAGCAGACAUGGGAGUCCUCUUUACCAGGGAUCAAUUUAAAGGGACAUUGACAGCAGUUGAAAGCUUUCUCACCUUCAAUUGGGGACCUGAAGGUGGUUGUAUCCAUGAUGGCACUUGGCAGUCAGCUAUAUUUGGAUUAGCAGACCGUAAAAGUCUUCCGAGCCUGCGUAAAAAAUUUAAUCACAAACCCCUUCCUGUUGUUGGGUCAAGACUCAAACGCAGAGGCGCAUUGUUCUACAGUAAUGAGAUUCAGCAAUACACUAUCCCAUUUAUGGGCUCUGAUCCUGCUGUUGUAAAGAGAACACAGCGCUUCCUUGUGGAACACGACGAGGUCCCACCAGUCCAGUAUGGUGCAUAUGCAGGUAUUGGGGGUUUGAGCAGUGUUAUCAAGAUGAUGUUUGCUGGCAUGAUGUUCUGGUUUUUGGUAAAGUUCGGUUUUGGACGCAGUCUCCUCAUCAAGUACCCAGAAUUCUUUAGUGGUGGGUUUUUCUCUAAGGCGGGACCAACUAGAAAGCAGAUGGAGAGGUCAUCAUUCCAGAUGGCUUUCUAUGGAGAAGGUUACACUGAUGGACAGGACCCUUCUCACGGAAAACCAAAUGGCAAGAUCCGUGCUGUUGUUCAAGGACCUGAAUGUGGAUAUGUGGCGACACCCAUUGCCAUGGUACAGGCUGCUCUCACCAUCCUCAAUGAAUCCCCUGCUUUGCCCAAGACGGGAGGAGUGUAUACACCAGGUGCCGCCUUUGCAAAAACCACAUUGAUCAACCGGCUAAACAAGCAUGGCUUUCAGUUUUCUGUUCUUUGAACUGGCUCCCAUUUACUCAGUCAACUUUGAGCACGAUGACUUAACAUUCAUUAUACAAUUAGCAUAGCUUCAGUAACACAGAACUUUGUCAAAUUAAACAUCUCAGACCUUUCAAUAAUAACCCUAGUUGUUGGCCAUAGUAGUUGAUUUACAUUUUCCAGUAAGAGUUUUGCAUAUGCAUGGCUUGUUAUGCCUGACCCACUGUUAAAGAAUUCUAAUGUCUAACUUUUGAGCAAAUACCAAACAUUCUACUGGUUUGCCUCAACACUGUAGAAAUCAGUACAGUUCAGCUGUAGUGUGUGCAAUAUUUUGUGUCAUUUCCUUUUUGUAUGAAUUAAAACUAAAUCAAUGAAGCUUUAGUACA